CGCUGCUUAAACGUGCAGAAACGUUAAACACUUGAUUACUCUGCAAUACUUCAUUUGUCACCAUUAAAGAGAAUGCACUUUGGUCAGGACGUUCCGUCUGUAAUUAAUCCCGCAAAAUCAAUUGUUAAGAUAAUUCAAUGAGGGGCAAGAAUAAUCAGCUUUUAAAGUACAUAUUUUUUGGCAUUUCUCUUGGCGUGUUUGUGGUAGUUUUUUACAUUAUCAAUGACACAGUAACAGUUUUCAAAAUCCAAAGUGAGCGUGAAUUUUCCUAUGAUUAUGAUGCGCCUGUCCUCGAAAUUGACGAUACAAUAUUUACCGAAGAUCUCAUAAAAAGUCGAUUAGAAAAAGACAAUCCAAAUGUAAUUAUAGCGCACCUGGAUGGUGGCGGACCUCAGAUAAAUGCGACCUGCGCACAUUACAUCAAUGCUCUCGACGUAGAAUACAACAACAUUUACUGGCAAACGCAGGAAACCACCGAGGAGACCUUUUAUUUUUACGGCGCGUAUUACGACAAUCGAGCUUUAACUGGCGGUUCUGUGAUAAGAAUCGUCGGCAUGGCUGACAAGCUCGACCCAGCCCAGGUCUAUUGUCAAAUUUGGUAUAAAAAUGAGCCACAACCGCUUAUUUCCAAAGUAUACCACAUGCAAUACAUGUGGUAUAAAGAGUGGGGCCAUCGCGAUGCAGCCCUGCAACCUUAUAUUUGGAGUUGUCGAAUACCAGACGAGUUUCAGUCCAGGGUGCCAGAAUCGGUUUCAGUUGUGGGCCAUCCCUGUCAGAAUCCGACCAACAAUCUUCGGGUUGUGUUCAAUUUGCCUAAAUCAGGAGAGAAGGAAAAUUUUGCGGUUUGCGUGAAAGGGUUGAAUUUUAUGCACAGUGCCCAAAUGUCAGCCCGUCUGAUUGAAUGGAUCGAGCUCUUGAAAAUUCUCGGUGCAAACAAAAUUAUUUUCUACCAACUGGCGACGCAUGCAAAUAUUUCGAAAGUUUUGGAUUAUUAUUCAAGCACGUGGAAUGUGCAAGUGGUUAAAACCACCCUACCUGGAGCCUACGCCAACAUUCCGGAGAUUAUGGGAACGUACUUGCAGAAACACCUCCAAGUUCAAAUAUUUCAAGAAAUGAUCCAGUACAAUGACUGCUUUUACCAGAAUUUCCACAAGUUUAAGUAUAUCACCUUGUUGGACGUAGACGAGGUAAUCCUACCUCGAAGUGUUAAAACUUGGCCCGAGCUGAUCUUUAACGUUUCCCUUCCCAAAGCGAUUGCCGCGCAGAACGUUAAUUACGCAUCUUUCAUCGCGAGGAACGUCCACUUCAUGGACGACCGGAAAGAGUACAAUGACUGGUUCCCGGACAUCCCUCGUUACAUGCACAUGCUGCAGCACGUCCUCCGAAACUCGGAAUUCGUUCCACCUGGCGAAGGAAUCAAGGCGUUCCACAACACGGACUUGAUUUUGUCCCUGCACAACCACUUUGCCAGGGCUUGCAUUGCUUACGACUCAUUUUGGUGCGACUAUUACGAUUUUGACCUGAAAGAUGCGCAUUUGCAGCACUACUGUGUUGGUAGAAAUAAAGACGAGUGCAUGACAACGAGGGAGGGAAAUUUGACGUUGGACACGUCAAUGUGGAGGUCGCAAUCAUGAGAAACAGAAACCAUCUUCUUUUAAGGUAUAUGUUUAUUGGCAUCACUUUUGGUGUGACUGCGAUAGUUCUUUACAUCAUUUAUGCAAGACAAGAUACACAAAUUGAGGUUGAGCACCACUACUUAGAGUUUGAUUAUCAGGAUUCUUCCCUCUUGUCUAAGAAUGAAGUCCUCAAUCUUGAUAACACCAAUUUUACGGAAGAACUCAUCAAAAGUCGCAUAGAAAAAACGAAUCCGAACGUGUUGAUAGCGCACCUGAAUGACGUUGGCCCCAUGAUAAACUGGACCUGCGCUCAUUACGUCAAUGCACUUGAUAUACAGUUCAACAACAUUUACUGGCAAGUGCAAAUAAACACGAACGAAACAUAUUACUUGUAUGGAGCAUAUCUAGAUAAAAGGUCGUUGGCCAAAGGCACCGUGAUAAGAAUAGUUGGCAUGGUUGACAAACUCGACCCACCCGAUGUCUAUUGCCAAUUUUGGUUCAACAAAGAGCCGAAACCUAUUAUUUCCAAAGUUUUCCACAAACAAUAUAUGUGGUACAAGGAAUGGGGCUACCACGAUGCGGCCUUACAACCGUACAUAUGGAGCUGCCGGGUGCCGGAAAAUUUUAAAACUCGAGUUCCGGAAUCCGUAUCUCUUGUUGAGAACCCAUGUCAACAUCCAAGAAACAACCUUCGCGUGAUUAAUAAUCUUCCAGAGUCUGGAAAAAAGGAAAAUUUUGCGGUUUGUGUGAAGCAGUUGAACUUUCAGCACAGACCUGACAUAGCAUUUCGUCUGGUCGAAUGGAUUGAGCUGCUCAAAAUUCUCGGUGCAAACAAAAUAAUUUUCUACGAAGCGGCGACGCAUGCAAACAUUUCCAAGGUUUUGGAUUAUUAUUCCAACACGUGGAAUGUAGAGGUGAUCAAAACAACCCUUCCGGGACACGCGGCUAACAUCCCCGAUUUUAUGGGAACGUAUCUGCAAAAGCGACUUCAAUUACAAAUUUUUCAAGAGAUGAUUCAGUACAACGAUUGCUUUUAUAAAAAUUUCAAUAAGUUCCGAUAUAUUAUUUUAAUCGACGUUGAUGAGGUGAUUCUACCCCUGAGCGUGAAAACUUGGCAAGAGUUGAUUUUUAACAUAACACGUCCGAAAGCUCAAUUGGCCAAAAACGUGACCCACUCUUCCUUCAUCGCCCGGAACGUUCACUUCAUGGACGACCGGAAAGAGUACAAGGACUGGUUCCCGGACAUCCCUCGUUACAUGCACAUGCUGCAGCACGUCCUCCGAAACUCGGAACAUGUCCAGCCUGGAUCCGGCAUCAAAGCGUUUCACAAUACAGAAGUGAUUUUGUCCCUGCACAAUCACUAUCCUCGAGCGUGCUUAACAUAUGAUUCGUAUUGGUGCGAAAAUUUUGAUUUUGAUCUGAAAGACGCACAUUUGCAGCAUUACUGUGUUGGAAGAGGAAAAGCAGAGUGUUCGACGACCCGGGAGGGAAAUUUGACGUUGGACACGUCAAUAUGGAGGUUCAGACAGGAGCUGGUCGAAGUUGUGACGGACACUUUAAAGAAAACGGGGUUUCUAAAUUAGAAAUCUUGCGCUGGCUGCGUAUAGUAUUAUUUAUUGUCAAUUAUAAAGACUGGAUGAGUCUAUUUAGGAAUGAUGUCUGAAUUUGAAAAUAACUUCUCUUGUGUGAGAUGUAAAUUAUGUAAAAUUUUCUUUUAAAAUUAUCUUAAACUGUUAUAAAACUGAGAUUGAAAAAUGUGCUUUUUUGACUGUGUUAAUAUUUAUUUUACAAAUCCUGUUUGGCCUCUUCAUCUGAAAUUAUGAAGUAAAAAAUGUGGUCACGUUCUAUGAUGGACACAUGUGUAUAGAUCCAAGGCCGCGUCACAGGUCCAAGCCCAUUGACAUUUCUUUAAUGAAUCUGCAAGGCGCGGGAGCCCGCUAAAAUAUUCCACUAGUGUUUUAAUGAGCGGAUUCUUUCGUCUUCAAUACCCGCAAAAAGCAAAGACGCAAAGAGAGGUUGCAUCAAAUUCGCCUAUAUUCCGGGGCUUCCAGCAAUAAUUUCAAAAUUGAAAUUAAGAGAGGAGCAAUUUUUUUAGAUAUUUAUUGUUCUAUUAAUAGCAGUGUAAAGCUUUUUUGUGGAUAUGUUUGAAAUCCCCACAAAUUUUCCUUUGUUUUCAGCACUUGAACUAUAUUAAUUAUUAAAAUGA